UUCGAGUCUAUUUUUGUACAGUUCUGCCAGACAAGGAAGUUUAUUAUCACCAAGGCACGACGAGGAAGUACGAUAUGGUUUACCAGUAUUUACUCACCUUCACAGUCCUUAUCACUCAAUUCUCAGAGGUAUUGACCGGGGAGUACUGCACCAUAUGUAGUGGUAAAAUUUACUGUGACUCAGGAUGUUGUAGUACAUAUGGUUCUACUCACUGUUGUCCAAAUACCACGGCCAUUGUGGUUGGGUCAGUUUUUGGAACAUUUGUUGUCAUGGUGAUAUUGGCGUCGGCCUUUAUUUGCUACCUACAACAUAGACGGAACCGUUUGGAUACAAUGAGCCAAUAUAUCGUGGCACAGACACAGUACUAUACAGAAGACUUUACAGGGAAAGACGGCGACGACGACUACGAUGGACGGCCCAGACCUGUAAACAAACCCACACUACCCGAUGCUUCACUGUUCAAAGACAUGGACGGAUAAGGUUGAUAUUUCUAGGAAAUGGAUGGAAUUAUUGAAAGUCAUCAGUUUUUGCGGGACUUGUAAUAAGACUCAUUAAUCCAGACACUUCGUGGCUUGGCACGUUACAGUAGGAUUUAGUAAGUGGCUGUUAAAGUCCAGAGGUUUUCUGAAUGGUAGUUCCUGGAUUAAGGUUUUCUUUACUUACCAUAAUUUGUCAACAAACCGUAUAAACAAGUUGUCAAACAACGAAAACCAUCUUUGGUAAGCCCAGAUGGAUUUUUUGGGCUCCAGAAAAUCCCCCAUCCUGAGAAUAUUCUUUAAAAAUCAUGAAUUUUCACCAUUUUCCUCAAUUUUCCCCCAAUUGGAGACCCCUCUGGAAAUUUGGAACCAAAACAACGGUAUACUCGCAUGUAAUCCUUGUAUCAGAAUCUCAUAGUGUUGACCUUAGAACCAUGAAUUCUGCUAUUGAGAAAAAUAAAGUGUUAAUACUUGUGUUAGCCAUAUAUCCAACAAAACAAGAAUGCUCGUUCUUGAUUCAGGAGAAUCUGAGAAAUUUUAGUUUUGAUUCAUUUGUUAUCAAUGAUUUAUGGUAAACACAAUUUACCUUUGUAUUUUAAUACAAUACUUCAGGUCGGUAUCUAAUGAAUCUAAACACAUGCAGAGUAAUAGAUUCCAAAUUUAGCUGACGUAUGAAAUAUAAUGGCCACAUUAUAAUCUGUUUCUAGAAAAUACCUAGUUCGUUAGAGUAAGCUCCCAUCUGUCCAAAAUUUAACGAUUUUCACUGGAUUACAUAUUUAAUAUUGACUAACUUAGGUUUUAGAUAAGUUGUAAACAGGUGCAGUUUAUUAUAACGUUAACACAAAUAUGUAUAAUAAAGGACGGCUAUCGGAAAUGCACAAAUAGAUAAAUUAAUAAGAAAUAAAAGUUUUAAUUUCUAUAAACGAUUUUUUUCCAUUUUGCAGGUUACUAUUGUCUCUUUACGUUCUCAAUUAGCUUUUAUAACUGCCGACUUUGCUUGUCAUCAAUAACUCCUUUAUUUCUAUUAUUUCUAUGUCUUCACUAAGAUAUAAAAUUUUAUGUUUUCAUGUAAUUCCUGCCAAUACCAGGUGAAUAUAACCAUGUGACAUUUUGUCUAGUUAACUUAUGUGUGUGAUAUCCAAACAAUCCGUCCGUUUAAUAUUUGUUAUUUCUAAAAUGUAGCAUGACUGCGUACAUUGUUCGUAUAACAAUUUAUUAAAUGUUUAUGUAUGUAU